AGAUUGAGGGUUGUAAUUCGAGUAAUAUGAUCAUGUGGGUACAAGUGCUUUGAAGGAGGCUUGGCUUUAAUCUUUGUUCAGUUGUAGAUUCUUGUGCUAUCCGAUUGGCUUCUGGAAACCAUCUUGAUAUAUGAAGACAACUGUAGAUGGAAGAAACGUGCAAGGAAAUAGAAUUAAACUCAUUGCCGGCAGGGGUAUAUGUCUUGCCUGGAGAACCUGCUAUAGUAAUUAAUGGGGUGCCAAAGUUGAACUCUAGCAAUGGCCCUCCUGCUUUUUCUGAUUUCAAGCAUGAGCCGAAGUCACCCGACUUCCAAGGCUUCGGUGAAUGGAUUGAAGGGAGAGAAGUUUGGAAACUGUUUGAAGGGCGAUAUUUUUCUGGUACUGUUGUGCAGUUUGAUAAGGAAACCGGCUGGUACAGGGUGGUCUACGAAGACGGAGACUCUGAAGAUCUUGAGUGGCAUGAGCUGGAAGAUAUUCUACUUCCUUUGGACAUCACAGUUCCUCUGAAAUCAUUGGCACUAAAGGUCAUCAGGAAAGGCCAGAAAUCCACUAACAAAAGUCAAAGGAGCUUGAUACCGUAUCAAAAAGGUAAGACCACUAAUUCGGGAACAAGGUGAAGAUAAGCGAGGGCGGUCGAGGAAGCUGGUUGCUGGAUUCAUACCAUCUGAGUGCAGACGCUGAGCACCGCGGAUCGGCCAAAGGUUGGUAAAAGUACCCUAGGAAUAUGAACGGACCAUAAAUGAUUUUGUGCCCCAAUUAUUUCGCUCCCUAUCUUAGGUGUCAUUUUCCUUCAAAACUCGUCUUUGUUAAAUUGAUUUGAACACUGUUGACACCUGAAUUUUCUUUACGGGUCCCUAAGAAAUUUUGCUAA